CAAUCAGUCCAUGAUGGAUUGAUGGGCCUGCUCCAUGCUAGAUAUUCUUUUGUUGCACAUGUAAAGCGAAGCUCCGUAGCGAUUCUUCGCUUUUGAAAGAAAGAACGACUACCCGCCUCUUAUCAUCAGACAAAACGAGAGUGAACGAGUAAGCUCUCUGCACUCUGCAACAACAGCAGUCAGCAGGUAGAGCUCUGAAGCUUUCAAAAUGGCUACUACAGUUGCGCUGCCCACCCUGCUAUCUCUUCCUUUUAGCAGCCAUUCUUUUUCUUAUCAAUCACAUAAAAGAGGACGAGCAACUAUCGCUUACCGCAGCAGAUGGAGAUGUUCUGCAGCAGAGCAACCGCGGCCGAUGAAAUCCGGACGAGCUUCGAAGAAGAAAAAUACCACCGGUGAAGAUAAAGGGGUGGACCCAGUUGGCUUCCUCACCAAGUUUGGCAUUUCUAAUAAAGCAUUCGCCCAAUUCCUGCGUGAGAGGCAUAAAUCGAUGAAGGACCUUAAAGUUCAGUUGUCAACUCGUUACGCUAGUCUCAUGGAGAUGGCAUCUGGAUACGAGAUAUUGGGUUUGCAUCGCAAUGUACAACAUCGGGUGGAUUUCAUGGAGUGGGCUCCAGGUGCUCGUUACUGUGCAUUGGUUGGUGAUUUUAAUGGGUGGUCACCAACGGAAAACAGUGCAAGAGAGGGUCACCUUGGCCGUGAUGAUUAUGGUUAUUGGUUGAUCAUUGUUGAAGAUAAGCUCAGGGAGGGAGAGAAACCGGAUGAAUUCUUCUUUCAGCAGUACAACUAUGUGGAUGACUAUGAUAAAGGUGACAGUGGUGUUACCAUUGAAGAACUAUUCAACAAAAUGGAUGACGAAUAUUGGGAACCCGGAGAGGACCGGUUUGUUAAAUCACGUUUUGAAGUAGCUGCAAAGUUAUAUGAGCAGAUAUUUGGACCUAACGGGCCCCAAACUGAAGAGGAACUGGAGGAAAUACCAGAUGCUGAAACAAGAUAUAAGGAGUGGAAAGAAAAACAUAAAGAUGAUCCACCUUCGAACUUACCUCCUUAUGAUGUGAUUGAUAAUGGAAAAGAAUAUGAUAUUUACAGCAUUGUGGAUGAUCCUGUAUGGCGAGCAAAAUUUCGUGCCAAAAAGCCUCCUCUAGCUUACUGGUUAGAGAUGCGAAAGGGAAGGAAAGCUUGGUUAAAGAAGUAUAGUCCAGGGAUACCUCAUGGAAGUAGAUACAGGGUUUAUCUCAACACUCCAAAUGGUCCUUUGGAGCGAGUUCCUGCUUGGGCGACUUAUGUGCUUCCAGGUGUAGAUGGAAAGCAAUCAUUUGCAGUGCAUUGGGAACCACCUCCUGAAAGUGCAUUCAAAUGGAAAAAUCCACGUCCAGAAGUGCCAAAGUCUCUUCGAAUAUAUGAAUGCCAUGUUGGAAUAAGUGGAUCAGAACCAAAAGUCUCUUCUUUUAAUGAAUUUACUGAAAAGGUCCUUCCACAUGUAAAAGAAGCUGGAUACAAUGUAAUUCAGUUGAUUGGAGUCAUUGAGCAUAAAGAUUAUUUUACUGUUGGUUAUAGAGUCACAAAUCUCUUUGCUGUUAGCAGUCGUUUUGGCACUCCCGAUGAAUUCAAACGUUUGGUUGAUGAAGCACAUGGGCUCGGAUUGUUAGUCUUCUUAGAUAUUGCCCACUCUUACUCAGCAGCAGAUGAAAUGGUUGGUUUGUCCCUUUUUGAUGGAUCAAAUGACUGCUACUUUCAUACUGGUAAACGAGGGCAUCACAAAUAUUGGGGUACCAGAAUGUUUAAGUAUGGUGAUCUUGAUGUGCUCCACUAUCUUCUGUCAAAUCUGAAGUGGUGGAUUGUGGAGUAUAUGAUCGAUGGUUUCCAGUUCCAUUCACUCUCAUCCAUGAUGUAUACACACAAUGGUUUUGCUUCUUUUACUGGUGACAUGGAGGAGUACUGUAAUCAAUAUGUUGACAAAGAUGCACUAAUAUACCUAAUCUUGGCAAAUGAAAUCCUACAUGAGCUUCAUCCUGGCAUAAUAACAAUUGCAGAAGAUGCUACACUUUAUCCUGGAAUAUGUGAACCAAUUUCUCAAGGUGGAUUGGGAUUCGAUUACUAUGUCAAUCUUUCUGUAUCAGAGAUGUGGUCGUGGUUCCUCGAGAAUGUUCCUGAUCAUGAAUGGAGCAUGAAUAAGAUUGUGAACACACUAAUAGGCAAUAAACAAAAUCCAGAGAAGAUGCUGGUAUAUGCCGAGAACCACAAUCAGUCCAUAUCAGGAGGGCGAUCAUUUGCAGAAAUUUUGUUUGGUGAAACUAAGGAGUGUCCUUCUAACUUAGAAAAUCCAUUGCUUAGAGGGUCUUCAUUGUACAAAAUGAUCAAAUUAAUUACAUUUACCAUAGGUGGUCGUGCUUACCUGAACUUCAUGGGUAAUGAAUUCGGGCAUCCAAAGAGGGUUGAGUUUCCUAUGCCAAGCAACAACUUCUCAUUUUCCCUUGCCAACCGCCAAUGGGGUUUACUUAUGGAUAAAGGUUUGCAUGACAGUCUAUUUCAGUUCGAUAAGGAUAUGAUGAAGUUGGAUGACAAGGAAAAGAUACUUUCAAGAGGUCUACCUAAAGUCCACCAUGUAAAUGACACUGCUAUGGUGGUUUCUUACACAAGAGGUCCCUUUCUUCUUGUAUUCAACUUUCAUCCUAGUAGUUCCUAUGAAAGAUACAGUAUAGGUGUAGAAGAAGCUGGGGAGUAUCAAAUUAUACUAAAUACUGAUGAAACCAAGUAUGGUGGAGAAGGACACAUCAAGGAUGAUCAAUAUUUUCAAAGAACCAUUGGUAGAAGAGAAGAUGGGCUCAGAAACUGUUUAGAGGUGACACUGCCUAGUAGAAGUGCCCAGGUCUACAAGUUAACUCGGAUUUUGCGAAUAUGAUUCGUUCUGCAGUCAACUGAGAUUCACAACGAUCUUUUGGGAACACAAGUGCUCUCAUGCUCAUUCAGUGAGCAUCUACCAUUUUUGUAGGAUGUUCUCCUUCCAAAGCAUAAGAAACAGAUACAGUGGAGAUGUUUCAGUCAAAAUUGGAGAGAGAAACCAGGAGAUUAUAUCAGUCAAAAGCUCUCAAGUGAAAUGUAAAUUGGUUAUACUUCAUCACUCCUUCAACCAUGAUCUAAGACUUUUUAUGCAUGGCUAGUUCCACUGGUAAUCAAUUGCUUCUCUCCACAGUUUUCACCCUUUUUUGUGGAUGCUGGCUGAUGGGUACAGUAUUUUGACGAGGCAUUUUGGCAUAAAAUGCUUCAACAGGUUUAUUACUGUGUGUUUGAGAGAGAGAGAGAGACAGACAGAGACAGAGAUGAUGAUGGGUCUAGGCCCCCAACUAGGAAGAUGCUUGUGCAACGUAAAAUGAGGAGAUGGGGUUUCCUUUCAUCUCGAGAAUGGCAGGGUUCCUCUUAUUGGAAGUCUUCAGAUUUCUUUCUUUUUUUUUUUUUUUUGUCAUAGAUAAUAUGCAGUUUUCUUGUUCUACCUGAGUAAAUAAGUAUAUUUGUUUUGUAUCUGAAUUAUGAAGACAUAUCUACGUCGUGUUCUUUUCUCGGUGAUAACAGAACUUUCGGAUUGUUACA